AUGGGGAUGGGGAUGGAUGGGGAUGGAUGGGGAUGUGGAUUUUACUGUGGAUGGACUAGAGUUGCUUCUUCAUCAAUCUGCACCAGACAAGACCAAACAAGACCAGACAGUCAAACAAAGACAAGGAGAUCCGCGCCUCGUUCCCCACCGUCAAGGACGGCCCAAAAUGAACAAAAAUCUCCCCGCAUCAGAUUCAGACUCACUCAAACUAGACGAUGUCCUUUUCCCCCGCCGCCUCCGCCUCCAACAUCCAUGACAUUGUUCCCCAACAAUCGAGUAUCCAAUGACGCGCAUUUCAGGCUAGUCUUUAUCCAAUCGCAAGCUUGUCCUUAA